AUGCUCACAAUGUUCCUCAAGAUCUCACUUCUAUUACUUUCCUUAGGGCUUCAUGUUCCAAAGGUUUUGGGAACAGUCUAUAAAUGUGACGCAUACUACACAAUAGAAAAAGUAAAGGGACAUGAGAAGGGAGUUUGCUCAGGUGCACAGGAUCCUCACACAUAUAUAUGCGAGCUAGACAGUUGCUUUUGGGAGCAUCAUCGCUACGGUUGGAUAGGUGGUUGCACUCACGAUGGUUCGCCAGACAAGACCACAACUCAUCAAAAAUGUCGUGAAUAUUCAUACAGUAAUGCUGGAACUUUUGCUUGUACCAAUCUUUCGGGUCUUCAUUAUACAUGCCCGUAUAAGGGCAACGAGGGCAGAAAGAUAGAAUGUACCAAUUGCCGUGUAAACUAG